AUGGGCAUCAAAUCAAGCAAAAUCUCACACCUUACAAAGGGGUUACGUAUUCUGAUGGUGGGUCUUGAUGCUUCUGGUAAAUCCACAAUUCUAUAUAACCUAAAACUUGGGGAAGUUAUUCGAACCAUUCCCACGGUGGGCUUCAAUUCGGAGACAGUGAAGCACAAAAACGUUGAGUUGGUUGUGUGUGAUGUUGGGGGCCAAGAAAGUAUGAGGCCACUGUGGAGACACUACAUUGGGGAUUCCAAGGGACUUAUAUACGUGGUGGAUAGCGAUGACAAGGAACGUAUUGCAGAGGCAAGAGAUUUGUUGCACACUCUUCUCAAAGAGGAGGCAUUGCGAGAUGCUGCUCUUCUUGUGUUUGCCAAAAAGAAUGAUUUUCCCAAUGCAAUGAGUGUUGCAGAGACAAGUGAGAAGCUUGAAUUGCACCGUUUGCCUCGCCACCAUUGGCAUGUUCAGAGCUCCUGUGCUACUUCUGGUGAAGGUCUCUAUAAAGGCCUGGAUUGGCUUUUUAACUGUUUAGCACAUCCUGUUAACAGCCUAGCGCAUUCGGUUCACUGUUCAGGAGGAGCAAUCAUGGUCGUCAUCGAAAGAGUUCAUGGUGUCUUCGAAAUGCCGACCUUCAAUGGCAUCAUCGGAAAGUCCAACGACAAGUUUUCGACGACUUCAUUUGUCGGUAGUAUGACGAAAGGUGUUCGGAAUUCUGACGAUAGGCCGUCGGAAAUUAGCCCCGAAUGUACUAGUGUAGGGCUGAGGCUAAGCAACUACAUGAAGAAUUUGGAGAAAAUGGGCUGUAAAUUUAGCAAACUUUCAGAAUGUUUGAGUGACAAGGAGAGCCGAAUUCUGAUGUUGGGUCUUGAUGCAGCAGGCAAAACUACCAUUUUAUACAACUUACAGCUUGGGGAAGUGAUCCGAUCGUUUCCCACAGUGGGCUUCAAUGUAGAAACUCUGGACUACAAGAAUGCCCGGUUUGUUGUUUGGGAUGUUGGGGGCCAGGAAAACAUGAGGCAUCUGUGGAGAGAAUACAUUGGCAAGUCAUGCAAAGGUGUUGUGUAUGUGGUGGAUAGCAGUGACAGAGAGCGUAUAUAUGAGGCAACUGAGAUGUUGCACAGGAUAAUGAGUGAGCAGUCUUUGAGAAAUGUUGCUCUUCUUCUCUUUGCAAACAAGCAGGAUUCUCCCAAUGCAAUGACUUGUGAUGAGAUAAGGGAGAAGCUUGAUCUGCAGUCUUUGACUCAGCGUCGAUGGCAUGUUCAGGGCUCCUGUGCUAUUUCUGGCAAAGGGUUGCUUGAUGGCUUAGAUUGGCUUUCGAAUAAUGUUUAG